AUGGUCGCCGUCGUGGAGAUACAGCCGCCGGCAUUGCCCGGGGCGGGAUGGAGCUAUGAGUUUGCCGGAGGAACUGUGGAAAGCCUACCAGAGUUCCCCAGGGGUGCCCAGCAGCAGACUCUGGAGAGCCUGCCAGAGUUCCCCGUCCAGAGGCAUGUGCAGCAGGAGAGCUUCCCAGAGCUCCCCGGGUGGAGCUACCAGCAGGAGACGCAGGAGGAGCUCCCCGGCUGGAGCUACCAGCAGGAGACGCAGGAGAGCCUCCCGGACUACGACGACAGCGUGCCCGACGGCCGCGGGCCGACGCCCACGCCCUACGGCCUCCUGGCGCCGUGCGAGGUCGCGGGGAUCGCUGACGCCGCCGGCGCCAAGCCGGGAGGCGAGAGAACUGCGCCAUCAAGACCGUCGUGUGGUGCAUCACCAGGUAGUCCAGCAUGUUCCUUGCUUCAGUGGGCUGGGCAAGCGUCCCGCGGCGUGCAGCGCUGGGACCCGAGCCAGUACGUGCUGGUGGAGAAGCUGCAGGACGCGGAGACGAACCAGGGCGUCGUCGAGUUGAUGCAGGCGCUCCA